AUGGAGGACAGUAGCCCGCGAUUCGUCCCCUGGCCGUGUUGCGGCUGCGAUGUUGGUGGCGUGCAGCCAGUGAGCGGUGAGCCUUUGGGUGCCUGGGAUAAGUGUGUUUUGCUUCCCGCCAAGCAGCUGCACGUGCCGAUGUGUCUCUCCCGCCGUGGAUUGACCGACAGGGGAUUCUCCGGCUGUGCGGGGUGGUGUGCGCCGGCGGUCGAGCGGGUGCGUCGGAGGGAAAAGAAUUCAAACGGCUGGCGGCAGCGCGUGUGUGCUGCGAGGGGCGGCUGUGCCGUUUUGCAUUCCGCCGGUUUUUUUGUGUGGACGUUGCUCGGUGUGUGCUGA